AUGCUCUGCUUCUCUCCGUGACUCCGUCUACCUCAAAAGCUCCGGUCACUUCGCCGGAAAUUAAACUGUAAUUAAAGCACAAUGCCGACUUUACAAGGUUCUUUGCCUCCUGAGCUCGCUAACAAUGUGGUUAGGUUGUACCGUGAAUGUCUACGUAGAGCUACAUUCAUUGGUAAGCAGCAACACAACACUGAGCUGGUGGUUGGUAUGGUGAGGCAGCAAUUUAAAAAACACAUGAAUGAGACAGACCCGGAGAAGAUUCAGAAGUUGAAGGACGAUGCUGCUCGGGGACUUAUCAAUCACAUGUUGUUUGAGUCAGAGAAGCUAACAGGACGCAAGGUUAGCCAGAGAUCCUGAUGCAGCCUUGUUUCAGAUUUUCAACGUUUUGCGCUCUCUGGUUCAUUGUAUGCUAACAAUGCAGCUGGUUGGCUUUAAUAAAGAACUUUGUAAUGCAAAUAGAGCUGUUCAAUCCAGAUUUCUGUUCGUUUUUUUUUUUUUGGUAUUUUGGAUUAUAAAUAUUAGCUACCAUAUUAAUAUCAUAACUACUUUGGUUUA